CAAAAAUCUAAAUAAAUGUUUCUUAUACUCUUAUUUUCUCUUGUGCAAUCAUAAAUAAAUGAUUGUUAGAUUCAACAAGGAGAAUGUUUAGAUAAUUAUGAUCCAGUUUGUGGACUAAAUAUAUCUAAUGGACAGAUCUAAACCUUUAUUAAUAAUUGUUAUGCUUGUAAAGCUAGUUAAGUGGUUAAAUACAUAAAUGGAGAUUGUAAAAAGAAAGAAGAUAAUUUAAAAACUGAAAGUCCUUCCACAUCUGUUGGAGUAGAUAAUAAUGUUCCUUAAACUACAAAUGGAAAUUAUACCUAAACCUUUUAUUGUACUAAUCCUAGACCUAGUAUUUGUGAUACUAUGUAAAAAUUAUUUAAGAACUUUUAGUGAAAAAUCUACAUGUGGUCUCUUUGAUUCAACAACAAAAUGCACUGGAUAAAAUUGUUUAUAAUAAUUCUCUAAUGAAUGCUUAGCUUGUAGAAACACUUCAAUUCAUAGUUACUUCUUUGGAAAUUGUUCUGAUUACAAGUAUUUAAUUAAUUUAUAAUUUAAGACCCAAACCUCCUACUAUAAUUUAAUGUAAUACUUAAUCUUCUUAGAAUUGUGAAUUGAAAGAAUAAAUUACAGUUUGUGGCUUUUUAGAUGAAACUGCAAUAUGUUAAAAUCCUCCAUGUUUAUAACCAUUCGAUAAUUAAUGUGAACCUUGCUAAUAAGUUAAUAUUACAUCAUAUUUUAUUGGUGACUGCAAUCAAUAUUAACAAUUAUUUUACAAUGCUCAACAAUUAAUGGAUUCCUUUGUUCCUAAUUAUUAAUAUUGUUAAGCUUAAAGACCUUCUGAAUGUGAUUAAGAAUAUGUUUAAACUUGUGGUGUCUUAAAGUCUUGCAAGAAUAAUGGUUGUGAAAGAACUUUUGAUAAUCCAUGUAGUGCUUGUCAAAAUCAUUAAAUUGAAGGCUAUUAUAUUGGAGAAUGCUUAAAUAACUUUACACAAGCAAUCUCCAUUUUUAUUAUUGCUUUGUUAAUAUAAUGAUAAUAACUAAUUAAAUAUAUAUAUAUAA